AUGCCUGAACUUACGGAGCAUGUGGCCGAAAAUAUUUUGAACAACAUAGUGGAAACAAUCACGGACAGCAUACAAAAGACAAAAUCUGGGAAAUUUUCUGAGGAAGAGAGUACCGUGUCUGCUCAGAUGAAUAGGUUAUUUGGGCGCCAAAAGUCUAUGCAUAGCCUAUUUGGUGGCGGGAAGCGUAAGUGAAUAUGUUCAGCUGGAUUCUCUGUUCUAUUUUUGGGUUUUAGGCAUAUCCUGAGUAUUUUCUUUCCGUUGACCAUGCAGCUGCUGAUGUGCUGUUAUGGAGGAACAAAAAGAUUUCCUUCAGUGUUUUGUCUGCUGCAACGGCAGUAUGGGUGCUCUUUGAAUGGCUGAAUUAUCAUUUUCUGCCUCUUGUUUGCUUUUUGCUGGUUGUUGGUAUGCUCCUCCAGUUUGUUUGGUCCAAUGCGUCAGGGGUGCUGAACAGGUGCCCGUUUGAAGAAUUUAACUUCUCCAGUAAUCUUAUUUGCACCAACAUGUUAUGAUAUCUGUUCGAUAUUGCAUUGAUGCAAGUCCCAUUAUAUCUAUCACAGGUCUCCAUCUAAAGUACCCCGAGUUGUCUUACCAGAGGAGGUAUUUGUUAACAUUGGUGUUGCUGUCGGUGCUGAAGUUAACCGUUUCUUGGGAUUCCUUCAAGAUAUUUCGUCUGGAAGAAACUUGAAGCAAUUUAUCAUGGUACACUUUGGCAUUGAUUCUGGAACAACUUUUUGAUUGCAUAUUCACCUGGAAUGUAUCUAUUUUGUGCCCACUAGUGCAUUUUUAUAAGCCUCAUAUUACAUUUGUCACCUGCAUCUUCAUGGAAAAUCACAAAACUAUUGAUUGAGAUGUAGAUGGGCCGUAUCUUCCAUUUUGGUUGCCAUUAUAGUUUCACUUUCUCCCAUAAAGAUGUUUUUAGUCAGUUAUCUUGCAAUUUUAUACAUGUCAUCAAUGUAUUUAAUAAUUAUUUGCAAAAACAUCGUCUUCAAUAUUUUCAUGGGAAAAACAUAUUUUACAUGCUUUUUUGUUGUGUGUGAAUUAAACUUAGCUUAUUUAUUGGAACGGCAGAUGUAUAUAUUUUAGUUGAUCUAGUUAUUGGGCCAAAAUUAUUUUCAAACUUAGUAUGCUUCUCUCCGGGGAACCAGUAGCUAAGAGUUUGAGCCCCAGUCAGAUAAAAUGGAGAUAUGCUCUGCCUUUUGCUUGACUGAUGGUAUUCACAUAAAUUUGGUUGUUUUGCAUCCCCACCAAGACUUCGAGUAUUUCAGAGUCUUGGUGGGGAUCUCACGUUGACUGCAAGAUGCUGAAAGAACUGCAGGAUAUUGGUAUUGAAGAAGAAAAAAGGGAAAAUAUUUACCAUGUGAAUGCGGUAUAUAUUACAAUGAAGGCAGAGUACGUUGGUGUCAGAUAUAUUAAUUCCUUUAAUAAAAUAUAUGCUCUAAUGUGCGAAACUUGCUGUUGUCCCUGGCUGGUGAUGGAGCAAGAAUAAUCUUUUAGACUGGGCAUUGGUUAACUUGCCAAUUCCCUCACUUUUUAAGGUCUUCUUUCAAUUACCAAAAUCUCAGGAAGUCAAACCCAGCAGUCCAAGGCUGUCAUUUCUGGAUAUUACUCAAAUUUCCAAGACACCAGGGAUUAAUCUGAAGAUUCAAAAUUAUAGGGGACGGUUUUAACACUUUCUGCUAAACAUUCCUGAAAUAUGGGGGAUUCAAGGUCCGGUUUGGGAUUAUUCCAGAAUCAUGAUUGAUAUCUGGCCGAGAGGGCGCCAUCAUAUGAAUCAUCAGUCACUUUAGGCCAAACUUCAUGUCUAUAUAUAUAUAUAUAUAUAUAUAUAUAUAUAUAUAUAUAUAUAUAUAUAUAUAUAUUAUUUUACUUCAUCUUUUUCUAAAGAAAGCUUUACACAUUUAGUUCCUGCUCCAGAGUUGGAACAGUAAUCUCUGCUCUAAACCAUGUCUGUACACAUAAUUAUCAAUGAGCUAAUCCGGAUCGAAUGCUAAUGGGGUUGGGAUAGCCAGGAACUUAUCUAUUUGCAUCGCUCGAUUCCCCCAAAUUAAUCAAUCCUGCUCAUGUGACGAAAUUAUUUCCCUGGGCAAAGUGUUCUAAGCAGAGUCUUCAUCUAAUACCUUGUUCUUUUUAUUAUUUCCGUUGUUGAUGAGCUCGCAGGGCCUCUGCUUUGAUCCAGUUGUUCUUCUGUUCAAUAUUCCUCUCUUUUUCUCACUUAACAAUCUUAUAUAGCUUCUAUAAAAUAUGGACCAAUGCUUAGCAUAUACUGGCCAAACCUGAUGGAUAAUGCACGGAAAGCUUAUCUCCAGGUGGUCGCCGGCUUGUGGGCUGCAGCAGUGAUUGGGAGCUGGUGCAACUUCCUCUCUGUGCUCUACAUCGGUAAGAAAUAAAUACUCAGUGAUUGGUAUAAAUAUUUUAUCUUCAUCAUUUUGAGGGUUUAUUUAGUUAUUUUUCCAAUUAUUGAGAAUAUUUUUCUUAUUAUGGUUGCUAAUUAUUAUAAAAUAAUUUUUUUUCUUCCCCAUUAUAUUUGUUUUCAUCAUUUAUUUUCCACCGUUGAAAUUAUUCUUGCCCAACUAAAGAAUAUAUGUAUAUAUAUUCCCAUUUACCAUGUAUUAUGAAUUGGAGAGAUCAUUGGGGAUUGAAGUAUGGGGAUCUCCAGGCUUCGUGGGCGCCCACACGCUGCCGGUGCUGUACGAGAAGUACGAGGACCAGGUGGACGACUUGGCCCACAACGUCUUCGGCCACUUCCGGCGUCACUACCGGAAGCUCGACGAGGGCAUCCUCAGCAAGAUCCCCAAGGCCAAACUCGGCUCCAAGAAGAGCGAGUAG